GUGGAAAACAAAUAUAUAAAGGAAAGAAAAUCAGAAAAAAUAAAACCUAAAAAGAUUUUUAGAAGAAGAAGGAAAAGGAAAUAAGAAAAAAAUAGAAGUGAAAGGAGGGUGAUUUCCUCCUGCCUGUCACUACAACCUCUGAUCCUCUGAGCCAUCCAGCAGCAUCUUCCCUCCAACACCUCCUGCAGGAGAGGAACCGAGUGAAGAUUCCCAGGAAAUCAGGAAAAACGGGAUUGGAUCCCACAGAACUCCUGGUGCUGCUCUGGCUGAACUCAUCCCAAUCCUGGGGCAGCCUCGUGGAGCUGGGAAGGGCCCUGGAAAAGGGGAAGAGUCACAGGAACUGAUGAAGGCAGAGGAGAAACCAGAGGCACCAAAAUGGCAUUUUCAUGGAUUGUGCCCUCAGCAAUUUGGUUGGUGCUGCACUUCACAGCAGAAUCCUGCAGGAGAGGGGCUGUGAGUGCCCCCAGAGCCUCGGGGGUGUGCGCCAAGGGCACGGUGACAGCCAGCAGUGGCCAGGCCGUGCCGCCUGGCACCAACAUCACCGUGUCCUGCAGGCUGGCAGCUCCUCCAGGAGCCUCCUGGUGCUGGGCAGCGAUCUUCCUCAACAGCUCCGAGCAAAUCCGAGGGCAGGGAGGCUCCGUCAGCAAAACCUUCCUGCUCAGCAGCCUCGGCAAACACACCUUCACGUGCAAAAGCAUCUGUGGAGACAAGGCAAAACUCGUCUGUGGGAUGGAUAUCCUGGCUGGGACCCCUCCAGACGAGCCCAGGAACGUGUCCUGUAUCCAGUUUGGGACAAAGGGCCGUCCCACCUGCACCUGGCACAAAGGAAGGCUCACCUACCUCGACACUGCCUAUGGAAUAGAGCUCUCCAAUGGGACUGACACCUUCUGCUUUCCACAAGAAACUCCCAACCCUGUGUUUGGCUCUGGGACUCUGAGCAAGCUGGAUUUUAACUCCAAUUACACCGUGGUGGUUUCUGCCUCCAAUCAAUUAGGAAAUGCCUCUUCCCAGCCACUCACCUUCAUGUUGGUUGACAUAGUGAAGCCACAUCCUCCUGACUUUUUGGUGGAAUUUGAUGAUUCUUCUGCCACCAGCUGCAGCCUUUCCUGGCACCACGAGGCACAAGCACAGCACUACAGGCUGAGGUAUCGCCCCCUCAGCAGCAGCACCUGGAGCACGGUGGAAAUCUUCAGCAGGGAGAAAUAUCAUCUCCAGGGGCUGGAGCCUGACACAGCCUACGAGUUCCAGGUGAGCUGCAGGAUCCUGCCCAGCCGGGGGCUGUGGAGUGACUGGAGCAGCACCCAGAGCCAAACUCCAGCAGCAGUGCCAGCUGGGAUCCUGGAUGUCUGGUACCGGCAGCAGGACCUGGGCCCUGGGCACCAGAACCUCUCCCUUUUUUGGAAGGUGAGUUUGGUGAAACCCCAGAAAAACCCAGCCAGCUCAGAGCAGAUCCGAGACAACGUCUGCUACGGGAUCCGCGUGUCCGCGCUCUACCAGGGCAGGGCUGGCCAGGCAGCCUCGCUCAGGGCCAACUCCACAGCACAAGCCCCAUCAGCCGGGCCCCAGAUGUUCACAACGCCCUGGGCCAGCGGUGUCCUGGUGUCCUGGGAGGAGAUCCCAGCUCCCCAGCAGAGGGGCUGCAUCACUGCCUACCACAUCUACCUGCACAGGAGCUCCAGGCAGGGCCAGCCCGAGGUCCAUGCCGUUCCCGCUGGGAAGGUUCCUCGUUCCCUGCACAUCCCGGUCCUGCAGCCCGGGGAGCACCACGAGCUCUGGAUGACAGCGGCGACAGCGGCCGGGGAGGGCCCCCGGGGCAACAGCGACAGCGUCUGCCUGGAGGGUGCUGGGGACUGGCUGACUCUGGUGCUCGUCUGCAGCUUCCUCAUCCUCUCAGCCUGUGUUUGUUCUGUGCCUCCAGCCAGGAAAGUAUUCCAGUGGCUCCUGUCCCUCCUCCUGCCACAGUGGCACAGCAAAGCCAUUCCUGACCCUGCCAACGCCACGUGGGCCAAGAGCUUAACAGCUACCAAGGCGGAGCUGAGCGCUCCCUCCAGCCCCUUCCUGCCCAGCGCCUUCCAAGAGCCCGAAACGACCCCGGUGGAGGAGAGUUGGGCUGAGCCCCCCGAGCCUGGGGACAAACUGCUGGUGGGCAGCGCUGGCAGCAGGGGACACUGGCCACGGGAGCAGCAGCUCUACCAGAGGCUGCUGCUGGAGCCCGAGUACAUCUCCAGCCCCGGCCCCUCCGCACGGAGCCCCGAGCCCGAGCCCGAGCCCAUUCCCCUCUUCCCGUUCCUGCCCCCCGGGCCCUGCUGCCAAGGGAAUCUGAGUCUGGAGGGAGUGAAACUCAGCGGCAGCUCCUUCCCGAGGUAGGCAGGUGGCGAUGUGAGCCCGGCAGGAAUUUGGGCACUGUGGGUGACUCUGGUGCUCGUCUGCAUCUUCCUCAUCCUCUCAGCCAGGAAAGUGUGAGUGGAUCCAUCGGCUGUGUCCUGAUAAAACCGGGCUGUUUGUUGGGAGGGAUUAAAUCCCAGAAUGGUUUGGGUUGAAAGAGAUCUUAAAUCCCACCCAGAGCCACUCCUGCCAUGGUAGGGACAGCUCCCACUGUCCCAGGCGGCUCCCAGUCAGCCCAGCCUGAAUUUUGUCACUUUGCAGAGUAUUUUGGUGUUUCAAUGUGAUCUCAGCCUCGAAUUUGGCACUUUGCAGAAUAUUUUAGUGUGUUUUGAUAUGAGCCCAGCCAGGAUUUUGGCACUUUAUGAAAUAUUUCAGUGUUUCAGCACAGCCAGUCCAGUCCCAUGUGACACCUCCAAGUGACAAAACCCUUCCCCAGUCACCCCUCACCACAGCUGCUCCUCU